AGAGCAGCACAGGCAGAGCAGCACAGGGAUGUGCAUGCGAAUGCACACAUACGUACCAAGGUGGCCAUCUGCACCAUGGUGGGGAUGAUGGCAAUGAGAACAUGGGUUGAGCCGGUGGUCGCAGGCUCCCAGGUGGCCAGUGCCUUCUACGACACGGCACUGCUGCUGGUGGUGAAGAACUUCUACAACCAGACUAAUUCAACUGCCCCUUCCCAUGUAAUGGAAGAUGCUCAGCAGAAGGCUGUCUCUAAUUUUUAUGUCAUCUACAACCUUGUCCUGGGUCUGAGUCCGCUGGUGUCAGCCUAUGGCUUGUCCAAGCUGGGGGACAAGGUGCAUCGGAAGAUCCCCAUCUGUGUCUCACUUCUUGGCUAUUUGGGCUCCAAAUCUCUCCUGCUUCUCCUGAUCCUGCUGGACUGGCCGAUUGAGGUGAUGUAUGGGGCUGCAGCCUUCAAUGGACUGACGGGUGGCUUCACCACAUUCUGGGCAGGCAUAAUGGCUCUGGGAUCUCUGGGAUCCUCUGAGAGCAGGAGGUCUCUGCGGCUCAUCAUUGUUGAGAUGGUGUAUGGCCUUGCGGGCUUUCUGGGAAGCAUGGCAUCUGGCUACCUCUUUGUUGGCUUCAGCUAUCACUAUCGAGAGGGCACUGUGCUGGUGAGCUGCAGCAUUGCUUGCUAUGCUUUCUGUCUCCUUUACAGUGCUUUUGUGCUGACAGUCCCCAAGUCAGCAGCUUCCUGCCCAGACAAAGCCAAGAGUGUAGAGGACUCUGGCAGCCAACUACCAGCCCAAACAGGAGGAGCAGAGAGUGCCCAGCCUUCAGAGAGCAGCAACCGAACUCCAGUAACACCCUCAAGACUAAUCAUCGUUAUGCUUUUUGUGGCAGCAAUCCUCUAUGAUCUUGCCGUGGUUGGUGCAAUGAAUGUACUUCCACUCUUUUUGAUCAGGGAGCCUUUGAGUUGGAAUGCCGUGGAGAUUGGCCAUGGCAACGCUGCUGGGUACGUGAUUUUCAUCACCAGCUUCCUGGGGGUCUUUGUGUUCUCCAAGUACUUUAAGGACAUCACCAUGAUAAUGAUCGGAGUGGUGUCAUUCAGUGCUGGCAUUCUCAUCAUGGCCUUUGUGCGGUGGACUUUCUUGUUCUACAUUGCUCGAGCAGUGAUGCUCUUUGCCCUCAUCCCCUUACCAACCAUCAGGUCCAUGUUGUCCAAGCAUGUUGAAGGAUCAUCCUAUGGUAAGGUGUUUGUCCUGCUGCAGCUGUCCUUAGUCACCACGGGAGUAGUGACAUCCACAGCCUACAACAAGAUCUACCAAAGCACGCUGAACUGGCACAGUGGCUUCUGCUUUGUUCUGUCUUUCCUGGCUGGCUGCCUGAGUCUCCUCCCUUUAAGCGUUGUGGCCAUCAAACAACGUUCAAGCACUGGUUCUUUUCAGCUUUCGACCAAGUGACAGAAGCUGUACCAUCUAACACAUCUUCUAGUCUUGAUCAGUUCUUUGAGGAAGUGGAAGGUCUGCCAAGCAUUUGUAGUUAGCUUCAUUAGAGGAAGCAUCUCACCUACAUCUUCACCUCACACCAUGCCACACUCUCAGCCACCAAGCUCACCCAGAACAAAGAAGUUUGCCUUGUUAUUUCUGCAGUACAUCAUCACGCAGAGUGAUGUGUGAACCAGCUGUAGGUCACUAUCACUGUUCCGAACAUCCUCUUUUCAUUCUAGGUCACAUAGCAAUAGUGCAGAUGGACAAGAACAGGGCAGAAAUGGAAGGUGUGUUUCCAAGCACAUCACCCAAUUUAAAAGGGGAAAGCAGUGGAAGAACCAUAGUUCUUCAUUAUUUUCUUCUUGUCCUUCAAGCAGUUCUUCAGAGCAGUUCUGUGACUUUGGCUUACACGGUGGAGGUCCAGAAGCAGCACACUGGAAGUUCACAGUGGUCAGCGGGACAAGCUUAGCUUCUAACAUACUACAGAUAAGAGUAAAGAUGACUGAUGUUAUGAUGAAAAAUACAGAAACGCCAUAGUAAUCAAUCAGUCGAACAAACAAACAAACAAAAACAAUAUUAAGGAACAUUUUUUGUGAUCUCUACAAUAAAACACUUCUUAAUACA